AUGAACAAUAUCAGCCUAAUUGCUUCAUUCCUCGCCAUUGCUGUGGCAACAUCUGCCAUUGGCACCCCUGACCCAAAUCUCGAAGUUCGCGCGGACCCCGAUGAUCUUAUGAUCUUUUUGACACUGUUAAUCACAGGAGCUUUCUGCGCCGGAAUAGGAGAAAGUUUGCAAUACGACAAACCUGACUCGUCCACAAAGCGUAACCGCCGUAAAGCUGCUGGUUGCAUCGCUUCAGGUGGUAACCGCUGUUCAGUCAAAAAGGGCCACGCUUCCGGGUUUCAAUGUGAUGAAUAUCCAUUCGCGUCGUCAAUUCCUAGCAAUGGUGCUACAACACGCCUCAACCGUUGUGUGCCGGCCGCUCAGAAUCGUAAGCAAGAAAGAAUCAUUAGCGCUUUUUACAAGAGCAGUUACUACACGGGUAACAAUGGUGGAAAGCUUACAUUCACGGCCAAUUUUUCUAAUUCGGGGGAUAUUGGGUAUUGUAACUCAGAAGAAUGUGACGCUGAUGACGAUAACGAGAUCAUUGGUCCUGGUGGUACAGCGAGUGAUGGCGACUCGGCUGAAGAUGGAACGGACGACGAUCCAGACGCAGGUCAGAAGAAGAAGAAGAAGAUCAAAAGACGCAAUGGCCUCGGCAAGAGACUUCCUGGCGCGCCUGUAUAUCGUACAAGCUCAGGUUUAGAGCUGGAUAUCCCCGGCGGUGCUGAUGAGCAAGCUCGGUUUGGAAACCCUAAUCAAACGAGAGAAUUCCAUGGCGACGAAGAUGAGGAUGAGGAUGAGGAGGAUUAUGACUAUAUGUUGGCGAAUUUGGAUAUCAGAGAAGACACAAUCGUCGAGGAGAUUGUUCCUGCUGUCUGA